AUGUCUUCAGGCGGCAAUAACAGCAACCAGAGCAACAAGGUUCACUCCUCAUCCUACGGUCCGGAAGGACUGCCCGGUCCUAACUACAAGGGCAGCAUUUUUGGCCACAGCAGUGAGCACUUUGACAAGAUUUACGGCAAGUCACUAUCUGGAGGCAACUCUGGUGGAAGCGGCAGCACUGGCGGUACCAACAACAGCAGUGGUAGCAACAGCAACAACAACAACAGUGGUACCAGCAACAGCGGCGACAAGAAAUAG